GUCUCGUUGAUUGACGGCUGUGUGCUUAAGAGGGCGGGGCCAAGCGUGCGUUUAGUGGGCGGGGUUCAGCUCGUAAAGCUUCAGGCUUCUAGUUCAGUGUUUUAUCAGAUGGGUUCGGCUUCGUUUCACACAAAUACUCCUUAAGCUUCCUUUUAGUAUCACCGCCUUCUCAAUUUUUAAUCCAGCCAUUUGUUUGGGAUCUUUGACUUCUUUUGCACACUACUCCUGGCUGCGAUUGAUCGGUUUACUGACGUUCAUUUCGCGUUAGGUGAUGAUGAUGAUGAUGAAGACGCAUCCGUUCGCGUAUGAAGUGAAUGUAACAGCAGCUCAGCGGAUUCGGGGAAUCAUUCUGGGCAUCGUUCUGUUUCCUGUCCGCAUCACCCUCGCCACCCUCUUCUUCCUGCUCAUGUGGCCCAUCGCUCGGCUGCAGUUGGCCGGUCUGUCGGAGGCGGAGCGGGCGGAGCCUGUGCGGGGCUGGCGUCGGUGGCUCUUCCAUCACAUCAUGCUCUUCCUCUGCCGCGCCGUCUUCUUCUCCGUGGGCUUCCUGUGGAUUAGGGUCAAAGGGCGUCAGGCGAGACUGAAGGAAGCGCCAGUUUUAGUCGUAGCACCUCACAGCGGCUUCCUGGACAUGCUGGUGUUUUGCGCGACGGGUCUGCCGAUGGCUGUGUCGCGGUCGGAGAACUGCAGACUACCCGUCAUAGGAGCGCUGUUGGAGUUCAAUCAGUCCGUGUUAGUGAGUCGAAAAGAUCCUGAAUCCAGGAAGAAAUGUGCGUCUCAGAUCUGUGAGAGAGUCACGUCUGACGGCCGCUGGCCUCAGAUGCUCAUGUUUCCAGAAGGAACGACGACUAAUGGCCGAGCUCUGAUCAAAUUCAAACCCGGAGCGUUUCUGGCCGGUGUUCCCGUUCAGCCCGUCUUGCUUCACUAUCCCGGUGAACCGGACACGGUUCGCUGGACCUGGAAAGGACUGACGUGGCUCGGCACGCUGUGGCACACCACCUCUCAGAUCUACACCAGCGUUACCGUGGAGUUCCUGCCCGUCUACACGCCGUCACAGGAGGAGAAGCAGAACCCGGACUUAUACGCCGAAAACGUACAGAAACUCAUGGCCAAGUACGUCAUGCGCCGUCUGCGGUCUAUCUAGGCAGAUCCCUACGUAGGCAGCAUCAGAAACUAUUAAAGCAAUGCUUUACGCAGACAGCGAGUCCUCAUGACAUGUUAUUUCAGUGCAGCUUGUCAUCAUCAUCUUACUAACAACACAAUUCUCCAUUACAUUUUUGUACGGUCAUCUUGGCCAGGACUCCCUGGAAGAAGAGAUUUCUUUUAUCUCAAUGGGACCUUCCUGGAAAAAUAAAGGAUA